AGAAGAAGGAGAGGGGUGAAACACAACAACCUGUUACUGUGAUCUGGGACUGUGGCAAGAAAACUGAGGGAGAGAGAAACUAACUCCAGGAUGAUUCAGCUCACCCCAACUUCCAGGAGGACGGCGGUUUGAGUCUUGAGUCUUGCAGGUCAACCCCCCCCCUCCCUUGGAGUGGCCGUAGCGAUGACCUCCUUGGGGUGCGACAUGGGUCUGGUUCUGGUGGAGUUCGAGUACCAGUACACGGGCCGCGACGGCGCCCCGGUGUCCAUCAAACCCAAUGAACGCUACCUCCUCCUGGCCAAGACCAACGACCACUGGUGGCACGUCCGCAAGGACGAGCGGGCCAAGCCCUUCUACAUCCCCGCCAAGUACGUCAAGGAGCUUCCCGCCAAGCUGCCCUCGCCUCUGGACUUUGCCGACCCGGCAUCCCCAGACACGAUCAUGGUGCCAGGCCCGGUUCCGGUUCUGGUCCCGGUCCCGGUUCCGAGGCCCUCUGUACCGGAGCGUGGCGAGGACAGCCGGCCCGGCGAUGAGGUGACGAUCAGGCUGAGGUCACCUGGCAGAUACAGGAAGACGGAGAACCGCAUGUCCACGUUCGGGGUCCCGCUGGACUUCCACGACUCGCCGCCGCCCGCGUUUAAACGCGGGGGUGCGGGUGAGCAACCGACGGGCGUUCACCCGCACCUUCCCGUCACCCCCGAGGUCGUGGCCUCGCCUCAUGCCAACGACUGCGCCCUGGCCAAGAGGAGGACGAGCCUCAAGUCAGGCUCUCUCUUCGGCUCCUCCAAGACUCUGUCUGUGGAUGAGCAGCAGAAGCCCAGAGUGCCCAGCUUCAGCCCAGCGGACCCGCUCCACAGACCCACCCAGGCCAUACCGGUCGAAACGCCUGUCAUCCCCCAGCCCGUUGUCACGCGGAAAUCCCCAGAAGUACCGGACUCCCCUCUGGAGCUGGAGGAAGAUCUUGAGGAGGAGGAGGUGUCGAGCGAAGAUCUGAAGGACGAAUCGCAGGAGGACUCGGAGAAUAUUUAUGAAACCAUAAUGGACCUGAACCUGGAUCUGUCUUCUAUAAGGGACACAGGCCCUCCAGCCGCCCCUGAGGCCCCGGGCGCCCCCGCUGUGAUUGGCCCCACCCCUGGCGCCCCCGCUGUGAUUGGCCCCUCCCAUGUUGCCCCUGCUGUGAUUGGCCCCUCCCCUGGUGCCCCUGCUGUGAUUGGCCCCUCCCCUGGUGCCCCUGCUGUGAUUGGCCCCACCCCUGGCGCCCCCGCUGUGAUUGGCCCCUCCCAUGUUGCCCCUGCUGUGAUUGGCCCCUCCCCUGGUGCCCCUGCUGUGAUUGGCCCCUCCCCUGGUGCCCCUGCUGUGAUUGGCCCCUCCCCUGGUGCCCCUGCUUUGAUUGGCCCCUCCCCUGGUGCCCCUGCUGUGAUUGGACCCUACCCUGUUGCCACGGCUGCUGUACCUUCCCAACAGAAACAGGUGGAGAAUGCUAACCCCAACACCGCUGUUUACGCCAACGUCACAGACCUGAAGAAGAACAUCCCACAGCCUCCCGCAGUGCUGCCCGCCACCCCCCUUCCCAACCCCGGCUCCGACCCCUCCUCCUGCAUCUCCUCCCCUGGGGCAGCGAGCCCCGCCUCCUCCCAGGGUCAGCAGGAGGGAUGGCAGGUUCACACUGACCAGGACAGCGGGAAGGAGUUCUACUACCACCCAGCCACUGGGAAGACCUCCUGGGCCUCCCCCCUCAGCCCCCCAGCCCUCUUCUCCGUGGAGAUGGACGUCCCCAGGGACAGAGAAGUGCUGCUGGGUCCCUCCCCGGCCCUCUCUCCGGCCCUCUCUCCGGCCCUCUCCCCGGCCCUCUCUCCGGCCCUCUCUCCGGCCCUAUCCCCGGUCCCCUCCUCCGCUUCCACGCAGAGCUCCAGCUGGGAGCAGCUCCUGGAUGAGACCUCCGGGAGACACUACUACUACAACCCCACUUCGGGAGCCACAUCCUGGGCUGCGCCGGAACCCACCACCCCCUCCUCUCCGGGCUCCGAGAGCGCAGCCGAGGAAAGGAAGUUAUGCGAAGGGCCGCCCCCUCUACCGGAGGAAGACUAUCCCACAGAGGUGACUGGAGGGCCGUUCAAGCCCCCCUCCGUCCACCCCAGAGACCCGGCGCCAGUUCCGGGCAUGCGUCCAGUCAUCCCCCGGGCCAGCCUGGACGUAAGCGCCCCAGCUGGCUGGACCCGCACCAUAGAGCACGAUGGUAGGACCCUGUACACCUGCGAACGCACCCAGGAGCAGUGGAUCAGGUCGGAGGAUGAGAAAGGCAAGACCUACUAUUAUUUGAGAGGUGGAUCCAGGUCACAGUGGAACCUUCCGGAGGAAACGCAGCCUUCAGUAAGAGGUGCCCCUGUCCCCUCCCAGUGCCUGGCAGUCCCCGGCCAGCUCCGCGUGGGGAACGGACUGGACCCAGAUGUCCCGCUGCUCCACAAGAACUGGAGACACACCAUCCUGGUGGGGCCCACGCAGUUUGGCCCUCCGUACGAGGAUACGAAGUUCUUCCCGACACAUAAGCGGAACGUGUCGGACUUCAGCGACGCCAGCUCUGUGAACUCCCCGGAGAACCCUGCAUCCGCCGAUCCUUUGAAACUGCGGAGGAGACUGUCGUCGCACGUCUCGGCCCCUCUCUUCCACAGCCACCUGCUGGAGAAAGCAGGGAUCCUGAACAAAACCAAAGUUGCCGACCACGGGAAAAGACUCAGGAAGAACUGGGGUCAGUCUUGGACUGUGCUGCAUGGAGGAAUCCUCACUUUCCACAGAGAUCCCAAAUCUGCCCCCACAAGCAACUCUAACAAAUCCAACCAGAUUGUGCCAGAGCACACGGUGGAGCUCCGAGGAGCCAGUCUGGCCUGGGCCUCCAAGGACAAGUCCAGCAAGAAGCACGUUGUGGAGCUGAAGACACGCCACGGCUGUGAGUACCUGGUCCAGUACGACACAGAGAGCAUCAUCUGGGACUGGUUCAAGGUCAUCCAGGAGAGUAUCCGACAGCUUAGGACCAGCCCAGAGGCAGCGGACCACAAGCCCCAGAAGAAGGAGCAGGACCUUCUGUCGGAGGAGGAAGAGCUGGAACCCAUGGAGAAGUCCCCUCAACCGUCCGAAAGAGACGAGAAGGACAGGAAGAGGGCCUCCACCAAAGUCGGGUCCAGCAGCCCCGCAGACUCGGAGCAGGGGCGCGUCCGGACCAAGCUGCGCAAGUUCCUGCAGAGGAGACCCACCCUGCAGUCCGUCAAGGAGAAGGGCUACAUAAUAGAUAGUGUGUUCGGCUGUCACCUGGACACCCUGUGUCACAGGGAAAACACAACCGUCCCCAAGUUUGUUGAGAAGUGCAUCAAAGCGGUGGAGAGGAGAGGUCUGGACAUAGAUGGAAUCUACAGAGUCAGUGGGAACCUGGCAGUCAUCCAGAGGCUUCGACACAAAGCAGAUCACGAGGAGGACUUGGACCUGGAGGACGGUCAGUGGGAGGAGAUCCACGUGAUCGCGGGUGCCCUCAAGCUGUUCCUCAGAGAGAUGCCCGAGCCUCUCUUUCCCUACAACUUCUUCGACAGGUUCAUCGCUGCCAUCAAAAUCUCUGACUAUAAACAGAAGGUGUCGUACAUGAAGGAUCUGGUUCGGUCCCUUCCUCUGCCCAACCACGACACCAUGGAGCACCUUUUCAAACACCUCCGCAAGGUCGCGGAGUACGGCGAGGUGAACCGGAUGUCGGUCCAGAGCUUGGCCAUCGUGUUCGGCCCCACGCUGCUCCGGCCCCAGACGGAGUCGGGCAACAUCACCAUCCACAUGGUGUUCCAGAACCAGAUCGUGGAGCUCAUCCUCAACGAGUACGAGGUGGUCUUCGCCCCCAGUUGAGCUCCGUCGACGUGUACUGACUGCCCCUUAAGACAAGCCCUAGUCUCUCAGCGUCAAACUUGUCUAUACCUAAGAAGACUGAAUAGGGGUAGCUAAUCCUCCCCCCCCCUCUCCCUCCUCCCCCCCCCCCACCCCCACCCCAAAAUAAGGAUAAACAAACAAACAAACAUGGACUGCUCCUGUCAGGUACACGGGUUGACAGGUAUGAAAACGUAGCGUGACAGAACCUGCGCUGCAGCAAUCCUAAACCUUCCACUGUUAACUGUACAGAUUCAACCCAAGGAUCUCCAAAAAUGUGUCUUUGGUACAUAGCCUUCAAGAACACAGGGAAAGGAGUCAAAAGGGAAGAGAUGUUUACCUGAUAAAUAAUCAUGACUUAAGUCCAAUAAGGACAGGUAUCCUAAACAGUAUAGUUUAACAUAGAAAAUGUGAGGUGUAACUCUGGAGAGCGAUUUGUGCUGUAUGGAUGGUGUACAAGGGCAUGCCUAGACUAGUGUCUGUAGAGUGAAUGAAUUCCUGGUUAAAUGUGUGUUUCUUUACAAAUAAUACAUUUAAUUGAAGCUGGAUAACUGCUGAAUGUGACCAUGAACAACAUACCACAAUGCCUAUAAAUGGACCAGCCAAUGAGUUUGAUAAUACAUUGGAGAGCAAAUGACAUGCCACUAAGAAUUAUUUUCUUUAUUUUUAUGUUAUGGAUGGGGACUUGCCUAUAAAGUUGUGUUAUAUCAUUUGUCCAAAUACAGUGAAUUUAGUAAUAAAUGUAAACCUCAAUGAGUGUUGUCCAAGGCAUCUGGAAGCACUGGAUCAAACAUAUGAACUGUAUUGUGAUAGAGUAUAUAGCUGUACAUUAUGUCUAUUUUAUAGUGUUAAUGUUAAUACAGAAUAAGAAGUACAAUAUGUCAAGGCAUUUGCUAAAUCAUAUUCUCUGUACAUAAGAGGUCAUUUUACUUUCUUUUAAUAUUCUGAUAAUAAAAUAACUUAAAUUCUAUACACAA